CCGGCAGCCCCCACAUGGAGCCCUAGGCCCGCGGGCAGCAUGUUCAGCCCGGACGGGGGGCUGCCGGCCGCCCACUUCGGCCUCCUGCCCGAAGCCGGCCCGCCCUUCCCCCGCGGCGGCUUCGACGGGGCGGCCGCUCAGCCGCUCUUCUUCCCUUUCGCCGCCGAGCCCGAAGCCACCCGCGAUCCGCCGCCAGCCCGCGCCUGGCUGCCCCCGCCCGCGGGGCCGCCCGCCAAGGCAGAGGCGCGCCCGGCCCGGCCCUGCAGCCAGCCCUCGCCCGAGCCCCGCACCGCGGCCUGCUGCGGGUCGGCCUGGACCUCCCCGCCUUGGGCCGGGCCCGCGCCCCCUGGGGCCGCCGCCGCCCUUCCCGGGCCGCCCUUCCCCGGCCCCGCUGCCUUCCCCGGCCCGCAGCUCUGCCCCGCCGCCCUGCAGCCGGGCUCUGGUGGCUUGUCGGGGUUGGGCAGCAGCGGCAGCUCCAGCGGUGCCGCCAGCGAGGGCGGACACUCCAGCGACAGCGGCGACGAGGUGAGACCCGACGGGACGGGAACAGGCAAGGGCUGCCCUCCGCCCGGCCAGCCCCGGCACCCCUCGCAGGAUGCACCAACCUCGGAGGAGCUGGAGCAGUUUGCCAAGGACCUCAAGCACAAGCGCAUCAUGCUGGGUUUCACCCAGGCUGAUGUGGGGCUGGCUCUGGGCACCCUUUACGGGAAGAUGUUCAGCCAGACCACCAUCUGCCGCUUCGAAGCGCUCCAGCUCAGCUUCAAGAACAUGUGCAAGCUGAAGCCACUGCUGCAGCGUUGGCUCAACGAGGCAGAGAACACGGACAACAUGCAAGAGAUGUGCAAUGCGGAGCAAGUGUUGGCCCAAGCCCGGAAGAGAAAGCGCAGGACCAGCAUUGAGACCAACGUGAAGGGGACGCUGGAGAGCUUCUUCCGCAAGUGUGUGAAGCCCAGUCCCCAGGAGAUCUCCCAGAUUGCUGAGGACCUUAACCUAGACAAAGAUGUGGUCCGGGUCUGGUUCUGCAACCGGCGUCAGAAGGGCAAACGGCUGCUGUUGCCCUUCGGCAACGAGGCGGAGGGGGUGAUGUAUGACAUGAACCAGCCCCUUGUGCCCCCCGGCCUGCCCAUCCCGGUGACAUCCCAGGGCUACAGCCUGGCACCCUCCCCUCCUGUCUACAUGCCACCCUUCCACAAAUCUGAGAUGUUCCCCCCCGCGCUGCAGCCUGGGCUCUCCAUGAGCAACAGCAGCCACUGAGCCAGGGCUGCGCAGGCUCUAUGGGGCAGCUUUUCCCCGAGCAGGCUCAGGCACGGCCCCGCUCCGGGGCACUUGCUGGGGAGUGCAGGGCAGGGGAAGGGCUGGAAGCCUGGCACAGGGGUGUCACCCGCUCCCUGCGAUUGCUCCCAGCUCUUCCCAGUUAGGCGAAUUUACUGCUUCCAGCAGCAUCUGACCUCUCCUGGAGGGCAGCUGCCCCACUGCACCCUGCUGAAGCCAUGUGUGCUGAGUGGAGCCAUUUGUGCCCAGCUGAGCUGCUCCUGUGAGACCCAGAAAAAAGUGGGGUUUAGAUGAUUUGGGGGGGGAGGGGAGGGUGGUUUUAUUUUUUUAUUUUUUUAAUUUUUUUUCUUUAAUUUUUUUUGGUCGUAGUUGUUAAAAAGCCAAACUCUCUGUAGUGAUUCCUAGUUUCCCAGCUUGACUCCUCCCUGUCACACAGAGCGGGGCUGGGGCGCUGUGCCCGGGGCUUUGCCACCCUCACCCAGUGGCACAACAGGGCUUCACCCAUCCAUGGGCGGGCUACUGUUGGGGCUUGCUUUGGGGGUGCUCAACAUCACCCUGGGUCCUCUGUGCCCUUUCCAGUGUGGUCCCUCUGCCCCAGCGUGGCUGCCCCAAGGAUCAUCUUCCCCGGGGGUCUGAUACUGUCCUGUGCUGCGAGCACCCCUGUGCCUUUGAGCCUGCUGUAGUUGAUGAUUUCUAUGUUUUCUUAAUUAUAUUCCCUCUGACAAUGAAAUAA